UGCUCAGCUCUGUGCAGACAGCUAACUGACAGGAAGGAAGGAACAACUACCACGCUGCGACACGACAAAAACUUCUCACUUUUAUCUUUGAUUUCUCUUCAAAAGCUUUGACAUCUUUCAUUCUCGGGGCUCCGUGGAAAUAUAUACUACACGCUGGCAAAAAGGGGGAACUAGAGCUUAGCAGCACCCCCCUUCCCCUCCUCUCCUUCUCCCUCCCCUUCUCCAGCACACAAUAUCCUCUUUUGGACCCAACCAGCCAAAGUUAUCUCUUUGGUUUUAGUGUGGCACACGCACACACACAGUGGGGAUGAUUGCCUGGGCAGAUGGUGCUCGGUGUGUGGACUAGAAGCUGAGACAAGGCUGAGAGGGACAGACUCCUCGUCCAUCAUGGGAUGCUGCAGUGUGACCCAGAGGCAUACUGGAGGAGUGGACGAGGUGGGCCCUGAUGAGAUCGAGCUCCUGGAACUCUCUGGAGACAAUUUAGGGGUGUGGAGUCUGGGAGAAACCAGACUUCAGCUGUCAGUGAGGAACAGCAGAGAGGAGCAGCAGCCGCCGCCACCACGCUACCCUUCAAUACGACACCUGGAACAAGAGGUGGUGCUGUGGGGCAGGACCAGAGAUGAGCUGCGCCAUAGGAUUUACUCCCAACAGCCGAUCAGGGGCUGGGAAGGCCAACCUGCCCACAUGUAUGGAGAGGUUAUCCACUCGUCCCUGGUGUCUCUCUACAACAGCUACACACAGGAAACCAAUGAACACUUCCUAGUGUUGUUCUCAUUUCACCUGCUGAUCCUCUCUCUGGACCACGCUCGACAAGACUUCAUUUAUGAGGGCAUCCUUCCCCUCUCUGGACUCACCUUCCAAGCUGUCUCCCUGGACCCUGACACGUCACAUCCACCACACAUGUUUGAGAUUAGCGGUCCAAUGGUGGAUUCCAAGGUGUUCAUAUGUGCCAGUGCUGCAGAGUUACAGAAGUGGAUGCAGCACAUAGAAGACAGGAGAUUCAAGUCAAUGACACAACCCAUGAGUCCCUCUCACUGCGCUCUCUCCUACCUGUUACCAUGUGAUGUGCGCUGGAAGAGAGAAGAGCUACUUAAAUACUUACUACAAGCUCCCAUAUGGCAAUGGGAGGGCUCGCCCAUACAGCACAUGGGUCAGCCAGGAUACAUAUCCAUCGUCCAUAUAAUCAACUCACAGAGACAGGGGCUUCAGGAAAGACUGAUGAUUCUCUUCCCUCAAGACGUCCUGCUGCUGUCCAUGGACAACAAGCGGCUGAAUAUGAGAUAUGAGGGCAGGUUGCCCCGACACAGCAUCAGAGCAGUGGAGCGGUCGACCUCGCCUGGACGGCUGGAAUUUGAGCUGACAGGUGAUCUGGUAGAGCCAUUGCAGGUGUCCUGUACCUGCCUGGAGGAUUAUCAGAACUGGAUUUUUCACUUACAACAGCCAGACAGAAGCAGCCACGUUUCUCUGAGUCAACCUGCACCCCCUAUCAUGCCAAAGCUGCAGAGGAGCAAGAAGGAGUCUCAGGAACCGAUGAUAAUGGCUGACCAGUAUCACAUCAACGGACGCAGCUGAUUCAUCAGAAUGUAAAAAGGCCUGAGGUUUCUGUUAUAUACAUAUUACACAUUACUUUUUUGUCAAACUGUGUCACAGACUGGAGAUACAGCAAUGGAGAUGAAAUGUUCUCACCCUAAUUUUGAUGUAUUUGGGUGAUUCUGUCGCUCUGUGGGACAGAAGAGAUACUUAUAGUUCUCUUUCAUGUGGGGACCAACGGAAACAAGACCAUGACCUAGUUUGAGAGCAGAUCACGGCUGAGGAAGUGUUUGAUGUAGAGACUGUAGAACUGUAGAGGUUAUGAGGGUAAUAGAACUGAACAAACUGUACAUAGAGACAUGAUAGUUUACUUUUUCAGAAUAAAAGAUUUAAAAAGUCAAA